GGUCUCCCACUCAGUACCUUAUACCGAUGUUCUGACUGGUUUGGUGUUUGUCAUUAAAUGAAGAGGAAUUCGGGAAAGGAGGAACAGAGAGGGUCCCGGAGUUUCUUCAAGAACCGGCCGAGAGCCGUGGCUCCCGCGGAGUUACGCGAGAGCCUGAACGGAGUGAACGCGGACGCCGGGGCAGAGGCGCCGAGGGCAGCGCGGCUUUUGCGGUCGCCAAGCCGCGGGGUUUAAAUCUCCCGCCUUUCGCAGCCGGAGCCCGACACCUCCACGCUCUGGUGCGGAGGGGCACCGGCUGCGGGUGCGGCUCGGCAGCGGCGCAGGGCUCGCGAGCGGCGGCAGCGGUAACGGGCGCCGGGACCGACCUCCGAGCUGCCGAACGCGACCCGAGGCGGCGGAGGACCGACGCGUCGCGGCUCCGGCGUCGAGUCACUCCAUGGAUUUUUUUGGGCAACCCAGACCAGAAGAUAACCAGUCAGUAGUCAGCAGAAUGCAAAAGAAAUACUGGAAAACCAAACAGGUCUUUAUCAAAGCAACCGGGAAAAAGGAGGAUGAGCACGUAGUGGCAUCUGAUGCUGAACUGGAUGCUAAACUUGAGGUUUUUCACUCCAUUCAAGAGACAUGCACUGAACUUCUGAAGAUAGUUGAGAAAUAUCAGCUAAAACUCAAUGUUAUAUCGGAGGAAGAAAACGAACUAGGGCUCUUUUUAAAGUUCCAAGCAGAACGGGAUACAACUCAGGCUGGCAAAAUGAUGGAUGCCACUGGCAAGGCACUCUGUUCUUCAGCCAAGCAAAGAUUGGCUCUGUAUACUCCCCUGUCUCGUCUUAAGCAAGAAGUAGCAACAUUCAGUCAAAGGGCAGUAUCUGAUACCUUGAUGACAGUCAAUCGGAUGGAGCAGGCGCGCACAGAAUAUAGAGGAGCUCUGCUGUGGAUGAAAGACGUGUCCCAAGAACUGGACCCAGACACCUUAAAACAAAUGGAAAAGUUCCGAAAAGUACAGAUCCAAGUGAGAAAUAGCAAAGCUUCUUUUGACAAGUUAAAGAUGGAUGUUUGUCAGAAAGUGGAUUUACUUGGAGCUAGUCGCUGCAAUAUGUUGUCUCAUUCACUCGCUACCUACCAGAGGACACUGCUUGGAUUCUGGGAGAAAACAGCUCGAAUGAUGUCCCAAAUCCAUGGGACCUGUAUUGGCUUUCAUCCGUGUGAUUUUGUAGCUCUCAAGCAACUACAAGGCACUCCAGUCAAGCUUACUGAAGACCACAAGGAAGAACGAAUAGAAGACAGUUCUCUCCCGGAAAACCUCAAUAAGUUAGUUUUCUCAGAUGAGGAAGUGAGCUUGGGAAGUGAACCAGCAACUGAAGAUCACAAGGAAAAACAUUCUGGAAUAAGAGAAUUUGGAGCACCUCAGUUUUCUAACUCUGAAAAUGUUGCAAAAGAUGUACCUGUAGAUUCAUUGGAAGAUGAUUUUGAGAAGGAAUUCUCAUUUCUGAACAGCCUCCUAAGUCCUGGUUGUUGGAGUGCUAGUGAAUUUUCCCAGGAAUGCCAGGCUGUCUUUGGGAGCACCAAGGCCAGUCUUACAUCCCAGGAGCCUUCUGGGGGGUCUGAGCCUCUUACUCACUCCUCACGAUUCCUUCCUUCACAACUCUUUGACCUUGGCCUUCAUGCUGCUGGAGCUUUCAACAGCUGGGCCUCCCAAGGGGGAUUAGAACUUCCUCUUUCACACAUUGAUAACCAGUCAGUGCCUUCACAGAGUCCAAAGAAAUUAACAAAAUCUCCCAACAGCGGUAACCAAGACAUGUCAGCCUGGUUCAAUCUAUUUGCAGACUUGGAUCCGCUUUCAAACCCAGAUGCUAUUGGACACUCAGAUGAUGAACUUCUUAAUGCUUGACUGAAGUUAUGAUGCCACUUCGAUGGCCUUGAGACACCAAUUUUGCAACUUACUGCCUUCAUGGAAAGGAGUUUAUGUUGUCACCCAUAUAUGAAAACCUUGUGUUUGCAAGGUUAGACAGAUGGAAAGGACCAUGUUUUAAUACAUUAAGUAUCUCUUUAAU